AUGGAAGACCACGAUUGCUAUGGCCUUGGUGAGCCCAGGAUGCUCGAGAAAAUUGACGGACCCCUUGCAUGCAAUGUUGGUGAAUAUGUCAACUUGCCCCAGAUCGUGGUUGUUGGCGACCAGUCUUCAGGCAAGAGCAGUGUCCUUGAAGGUCUGAUCAAAAUGUUGCUCCCUCGCGGUAGUGGGCUCUGCACGAGAUUUGCCACUCAAAUUAUAUUUCGUCGGUCGCUCAAAACUGGAGUGGCGGUGUCCAUAAUCCCAGACCCAAGUGCUACAAGUGAACAUAGCGAGAAGGUCCGAGCUUGGACAAGACAAGUCGAGGUAUUGGAUUCGCGAUCGUUCCUGAACAUCAUGUCUGAGGUGCAUGAGGUUAUGGGACUUGCGUCUAAGAAAGAUCGACAUUUCAAUUCUGGCUCAAUCUUUUCGGCGGACAUCCUGCGCUUGGAAAUAUCCGGACCAGAAGAAGACCACCUCACAGUGAUUGACGUACCAGGAAUCUUCAAGAACACAUCUGACGGCUCAACCACGAAGGCGGAUAUGUCCUUGGUGGAAAAUAUGGUUCGCAAGUACAUGGAGAAUCCAAGGUCAGUUGUGCUGACAGUGAUCCCAUCCAACGUGGAUAUAGCCACGCAAGAGAUUCUGGAAAUUGCAGCAGAAUUCGAUCCAGAAGGAAGGAGAACAUUGGGUGUGCUGACCAAGCCUGAUUUGGUCGACCGCGGCACUGAACCAGCAGUGGUUGACCUCGUUGAGGGACGCGCCCAUGCUAUGCGACUAGGGUGGCAUCUAGUACGAAACCCUGGCCAAAACCAGCUUGCUAGUGAGAACAUCGACCGAGACGGCCUCGAGGCUGCGUUCUUCCGUGAUACGUCACCGUGGAAGAGCCUAGACAGGGAGAAGAUUGGUAUUGGUGCACUACGACGACGACUUCGCAAAGUGCUCUCUGACCUUGUGCGACACGAAUUCCCCCAUGUGCGGAGGGAGAUCACCCACCGGCUAGUCUCAACUCAAACUCGUUUGAAACAUCUGGGAAUGCAACGAGAAAGCACGGAGAGUCAGUCGAUGUAUCUGACGCAAAUCGCAGUGGACUUCCAGAGAUUAGUGUCUCUUUCGGUCGAAGCCAAAUAUGGAAAGGACGAAUUCUUCGAUGAUGACUAUACUCUUCAUCUGGCCACGAAAAUCAUGGCUCGUAACAUCAGCUACGCAAACAGUAUGAAGACGUUCGGUGAACAGUAUCCUUUCGUGAACGAAGCACAUGAAGACUCCGACACGGAUGAUACGGUUCCACCUGCUCUGGACUGGAGUCAGUCAGAGGCUAACAUUAACGAUGACAAAGAACGGACCAUUCGUGAAGAAAUUGAUGCUCCUGGCCUGGAGGACAUACUGCAACCUCCAGAGACGGUCCGCAUCUCUGCAGCGAGUUCCAUCGCAUCCUGGCUACGUGGUGUGUAUGAGUCCUCGAGAAGGUUCGAGCUGGGAACCUUUGACUCGUCUAUUCUGGCAACCACGAUGAAGGCACAAUCCAGCAAUUGGCCCUUGAUCACAUUGGGAUAUGUCAGCGACGUCAUCUCGAUGAUCCAUCACUUCAUCAUGGCCGGUCUAGACAAUGUCUGUCACGACAAGCACGUAAGAGACGAGUUGUCGUCCACCUUGAUGGAAGGACUGGCGUCCAGGUACAAGAAGGCCAUCAAAAAAGCUCAAUUUCUGCUCGCGGUCGAAAGAUCCGGAACCCCCAUAACUCUGAAUCACUAUUUCAAUGACAAUCUGGAGAAAUGUCGCUUGAAACGCAUUCGCACCAGCAUGGAGUCAAUCUCUUUUUCCGAUUCCAGCAAUGGACUCGUUGUUCGGGUGGAAGACAUGGUGCGCGCUCACCCGAUGAGCAACACGCAACACGUUGUCCAAGAGGUCCACGACAUUCUUUACUCGUACUACAAGGUGGCGUAUAAACGUAUGGUGGACAAUGUCUGUAUGCAAGCGAUAGAUCACCUGCUGGUCAAUGGUCGUCAAACGCCACUGAGUUUGUUCUCGCCCACUUUCGUCAGUGGCUUGACAGCAGAACAGCUCGAAGCUAUAGCUGGAGAAGACCGGAUGACCAAAAGGACUCGAAAACUGCUGGCCCAGGAAAUUCAGAACCUGACUGAUGCCAAAAAAAUCGUAACAUGA